AUGAACAAUGGUGAAGAAAAUGAAGCAGAUUAUGCUGUAGAUGCAUUAUACAUUGCGAAAACCAAAAUGCAAUGGAUUCCUUUACCACGUCACAUUGGAGCUUCAGCGGAGAAUAUUACAUCAUUACCACCAGGAUUAACGCUUUGUGGUGUGAAAAUAAUCAUGGAUAAUACGAAUAAAUGUGUGGCAAAAACGAAUCAUCAUCAAGCAUCAAGUUUUGGCAUAUUGAUACAAGUGCUCUCAGCUUGGAUGAUGUUGUCAACAGAAGACAACAAAAAAGUAGUGACAAAACAAUUUCAUAUUUUCGUUGGUGAUCUGAGUUCAGAAAUUGAAACUCAACAGUUACGUGAAGCUUUUACACCAUUUGGAGAAAUAUCCGAUUGUCGUGUUGUACGCGAUCCACAAACAUUAAAAUCAAAGGGUUAUGGUUUUGUAUCCUUUGUCAAAAAAUCGGAAGCUGAAAGUGCCAUAACGGCCAUGAACGGACAAUGGCUGGGCUCACGUUCAAUUAGAACAAAUUGGGCUACCAGAAAACCGCCGGCGAGUAAAGAAAACAUCAAACCCUUGACCUUUGACGAAGUCUACAAUCAAAGCAGCCCCUCAAAUUGCACCGUCUAUGUGGGUGGUGUAAACAGUUCUCUAACCGCAUUGAGUGAGGAAAUUUUACAAAAGACUUUUUCACCAUACGGAUCAAUACAAGAAAUAAGAGUUUUCAAAGAUAAAGGCUAUGCGUUUGUUAGAUUCUCCACCAAAGAAGCUGCUACCCAUGCCAUCGUUGGUGUUCAUAAUACUGAAAUCAAUGCCCAGCCCGUUAAAUGUUCGUGGGGCAAAGAGAGCGGUGAUCCUAAUAAUGCCCAAACAAUUGCCAGUCAAGCUUUGAAUCCCGCUGCUGCCGGAUUCCCCUAUGGUGUGGGAGCAGCUGCUGCUGCCGCUGCGGCUUAUGGCCAACAACUGGCCGCUACUGGUUGUUGGUAUUCCCCUACACCCACGUAUCCAGCUUCAUCGGCCACGGCUGCUGUAACGCCUGCUGCCUCGGCUGCUGUGCAAAAUCAAUUUCUGCAAGGCAUACAAGGUUAUCAUUUCGGACAGUAUGGCGGCUAUCAGCAGGGUUAUAUGGGCAUGGGCGUACAAAUUCCAGCUACUUGGCAAGGUGUUGCUACACAAGCACAAAUAUCUCCUGCUCAACAAUUGGCGACGGCGGGUGUUGCCGGUGCUGCCAUACCACAGGCAGCCGGUGUUGUAGCUUAUCCCAUACAACAAUUUCAAGUUAGCCCACAGGUUUAUCCUUUACUUUUGCAGGCACAGUAAAUCCUCACUACAAAUCAAAAAUAUAAAAUAAAAAAUAAACAUUUAAAUGAAACAAUGAAUUUGACAUAAAAAUUCUAAGCUGUAAAUAGAAACCAAACAAACCAAAAAACAAUUUAAGCUGCAAUAUAUUAAUAUA